UUAAAUAUUUGUAGCUCUUAACUGCUGCUACUGAAGCAAAACUGUUCUCACGCACUGUUCUCAUUAUUUGGCAUGCUUUUUGUGUUACAUCCGUGAACACAAGAAGAUAAAAACAAAACAAAAUGAAAGCAGCUGUGGGGUGUUGGGUUUUCACGUGUAAAUUCAAUUUCAUAAUUUUCACAAUAAAUAAACAAAUUUCAAUAGAUUUUUAAAUUCUUUUCGAAUGUUGCUUUCCAAUUUAAAAAGAUCAGUGUGUAAUAUAAAUACAAAUUGUUUGAAUAAACAACUGAACAAGUUACAACUAUACGGAAAAUUAGAAAAACACAAUUGUAGCAGCAAAAUGACAGAAUUACGACAAGACGAAAUUAAACUCAAAUUAUUAGAAACAUUAUCAAAGCCAAACAAUUUUCAAAUGAAACAGAAAGUCAAACUGCGUCAUGAAAAACAACAGCAAGCAGCAAAAAAAAAAUCUGCUCCAUAUAUACCCGGAACUGUUAAUUUACAAAUACUUGGUGCCGGCGCUGGUGGUGCACCAUCUGCCAUAUAUCUCUUCACCGAUCAGUCACGUUAUCUUUUUAAUUGCGGUGAAGGUACGCAACGGUUGGCACAUGAACAUAAAACAAAACUUUCGAGAUUAGAGCAAAUUUUUGUUACACGCAAUACGUGGUCGAUGAUAGGUGGUUUUCCAGGUUUAGUACUAACCGUACAAGACACAGGUGUUAAAGAACUAUCAUUACAUGGACCACCGAAUUUAGAUAAGAUUCUACAUAGCAUGAAACGUUUCGUAGUGCUUAAAACUCUGCAGGUUAAAACUCUUGAUUGUACUGAAAAUCAUGACUUCGAAGAUUCCGUUAUGUCCGUAAAAUGUGUGCCCUUAUACAGAUCGAAUAGUGAAGUAAUGAUUAAUACACCAAACGAUAAUGUAGUUAUUGCUUAUAUAUGCAAAUUAAAACCACGUCCAGGUGCUCUGAAUUUAGAAAAGUGUGUAGAAUAUGGUGUGCCACCUGGUCCACUUUUAGGCUUACUAAAAAAUGGUCAAGAUGUUGUAUUAGAUAAUGGUCAAACAGUGAAGUCCUCCGAUGUAAGCGAACCUAAUGAAUCAACUGCAUAUUUUAUAUUUUUGGAUAUACCAACUAUUGAAUUUUUACCAUCGUUACAAAAGCAAGAGAAAUUAUUUCAUGAACUGAGCGAUGAAAUAGAUUCAGAAAUACCUUUGGUGGUGCAUUUUAGUCCGGACAACAUUUUAGAAAAUAACAGUUUUCAAACAUUUAUAAACAAAUUUCCAACAAAUACGCAACAUAUUUAUUUGAACUCUAGUAAAAAUUCAUUCUCUGGUUAUGUUGCUGCACAUCGUAUACAAUAUCAAUUAAAUCAAUUGAACCCUAAAAUUUUUCCAAUACUUGGUGAAGUUACGUGUGAUUAUAAUAAUUUAAAUAUAAGCAACAAACUUAGAAAAACUAAACUUAUCGAAUCUGUUGAGCCAAAUAUGAAUAUUGAUAACUGUGAAGAAGAUGUUUCCCGUUUUCCAGUUAUAAAUUCAUUAUCAAACUUUCAUCUUAGACCACAAAAAGGUCUCGAUCAUGCAAUGUCAGCAAAAUUAAACCCAAACGAAUACAUUACAGAAACCCAAAAAUUAGAAGAAUUUCCUUUAUUGCUGAAAAAGUUAAAGGAAGAAUAUUCCAAUAUAACUUUAGCUGAAGAAUACUCAUAUCCUAAGGUAGUCUUUUUGGGAACAGGUUCAUGUAUACCAAAUAAAACACGUAACGUAAGUGCUAUUCUUAUACAAACAAGUCAGAACUCAUAUGCGUUAUUGGAUUGUGGAGAGGGUACAUUAGGUCAAAUAAAACGUUUUUAUGGCAAAACAAAGGCAGAAGAAGUCAUACGCAAUUUAAACGUAAUAUAUGUAUCACAUUUACAUGCAGACCAUCAUAUUGGUCUGAUAGGAUUAUUAAAUGAACGUCAACGUUUGUUGAAUGAUAACAGUCAAAAAGUUCUGCUUUUAGCUCCUAAACAAAUUGAACCCUGGCUUAAUUUUUAUAAUGAAAGUAUAGAAAGUAUUACUAAUACUUAUGAAUUAAUUGGUAACGGGGAGAUUCUCAGUGAUCCUUUACAUCUACUCGAUGCAAAAACUGAUACGGGAAUUUCAACUAUUGCUACUUGCUUGGUACGUCAUUGUCCGCACUCUUUCGGUGUAAGCUUAACACUCACUGCACAAUAUGAAAACAAGCCAAUUAAAAUUACAUAUAGUGGAGAUUCUAUGCCUUGCCAAGAUUUGGUAGAACUUGGUCGCAAUUCGACUAUACUAAUACAUGAAGCAACAAUGGAGGAUGAUUUGAUUGAAGAGGCAAAAAUAAAAAUGCACAGCACCAUAUCGCAGGCUAUUGAUCAAGGUAGAGCUAUGGAUGCGGAACAUAUUAUUCUUACACACUUUUCGCAACGUUAUGCGAAACUACCACGCAUGCAAAAUGUCGGCGAAGAAACGGAAACAGAAACAAUGAGAAACGUUGCUAUAGCAUUUGAUAAUAUGCAAGUAACUUUAGAUGAUUUGAAACACUUUCAUUUAAUGUAUCCAGCACUUAAAGCGUUAUUCGUUGAACAUGCAGAAGAGCUGGAACAAAAGGCCGUCAAACGUGAGUUAAAAUUGGAACGAAAACGGAAACUUUUAAAUGCAGAGCUCUAGGUUUAAAAUUCCAUUACGAUUAUUGGUUUAUUCUUUUAAUGUAGAAAAAGCGAAUAUAUUAAAAAUAUUGUUUUUUUAACGAAAUUAAGAUAUUAAAUAGAGGUAAAAUUGUUAUCCCAUAAAAAAG